CAUUUGGUUUGCUUAACAGGGAAGAUACAGAAACAGAGACAAUGGAUUUUGGGGCAAAACUGGGUUGGUGCCAUGAUACUGGUUGUCCUAAUGAGCUUGCUGCCGGCAGCCAUCUCCGGCCAAUCUCCCGACUACCGACAGGCUCUCUCCAAAAGCAUUCUCUACUUCGAAUCCCAGCGCUCCGGCCACCUCCCCCACAACCAACGAGUCACCUGGCGCCACCACUCCGGCCUCACCGACGGCCUCCAACAAGGCGUAGACUUGGUGGGGGGUUACUACGAUGCCGGAGACAAUGUGAAGUUUGGUCUGCCAAUGGCGUUCACUGUCACAAUGCUCUCGUGGGGAGUCAUUGAAUAUGGCGACGACAUUGAAGAUGGCGGCGAGUACGAGCACGCGCUCGGAGCUAUCAAAUGGGGGACUGAUUAUUUCAUCAAGGCCCACACUCACCCUAACGUCUUAUGGGCUGAGGUGGGAGAUGGUGAGACGGAUCACUACUGUUGGCAGCGGCCGGAGGACAUGACAACAUCAAGACAAGCUUACAAGGUCGAUGAGAAGAAUCCCGGAUCCGAUGUCGCCGGAGAGACUGCCGCCGCCAUGGCUGCAGCUUCGAUUGUCUUCAGGAAAACAAACCCACAUUACUCUAAUCUUCUCUUACACCAUGCACGGCAGUUGUUCGAGUUCGGAGACCGGUACAGAGGGAAAUAUGACGAGAGCAUUAAGGUGGCAAAAGGGCAUUACACGUCGGUGAGUGGGUACAAAGAUGAGUUGUUAUGGGCAGCAAUGUGGCUGUACAAAGCCACCGACAACCACCGGUAUCUGGACUAUGUCCUCCACAAAGCUCAUCCCUUUGGUGGGAUCACUUGGGCCAUUACCGAGUUUAGCUGGGAUGUCAAGUAUCCUGGUCUUCAAAUCCUUGCUUCCAUGUUACUAAUGGAAGGUAGGCAUUUUAAGGGAGACCAGCGCAUACUGGAACAAUACCGCUCAAAGGCAGAACACUACCUCUGUGCUUGCCUUAACAAAAACAACAAGACUAACGUGCAACGCACGCCAGGAGGCUUACUGUACAUCCGCCAAUGGAAUAAUAUGCAAUAUGUAUCAACGGCCUCCUUUCUCCUAACCGUCUACUCCGACUAUCUCCGAGCCUCAAAUCAACGGCUCAGAUGUGAUCUCGAAACACUGGAUCCACAAGAUCUGCUCAGUUUUGCGAAAUCACAGGUUGAUUACAUCUUGGGUGCUAAUCCGAUGGGAAUGAGCUACUUGGUUGGGUAUGGACCCAAUUACCCACAAAGGGUGCACCAUAGAGGUGCAUCCAUUGAAUCAUACCGAGGGAACAAGGGUUUCAUUGGUUGCACCCAGGGUUAUGAUAUCUGGUAUAAGAGAAAAGAUCCUAACCCUAAUAUCUUGAUUGGAGCCCUAGUUGGUGGCCCUGAUCAAAAAGAUGAAUUUGCUGAUGAUAGAGAGAAUUAUGUGCAAACCGAGGCCUGCACAUACAAUACAGCAACCCUUGUUGGGGUAUUUGCUAGGUUGCAUAGCUUAAGGAAGGGUGAUUUGGGUUUUGUUGCAAACCAUCAUUCGUUCGAGGAUUCUUAGGGUCUUGCUAAAUUUGUGGGUUAUCCCCAUUGUACAAUCCGUCAUUUCCCAUACACAGAAAAAGAAAAAGAAAUAAGAUGAGAGAUACAGCAAUUUUAUUUUGAGUUCUAAAGGAAGCUUAUACAGAUCAAGAAUGUUGUUUGUGUUAAAACACAGAGACAUUUAUGGCAAUGCCCAGAAACAG